AAAAAUUCCAACAAACACAAAAAUGGAGAGCAGUUUAUCAGAGUCAUCUACAAAGAUAAAUCUAAAGCUGCUGGUAGACAAGACCAAAAGGAGAGUGCUGUUUGCAGAAGCUGGAAAAGACUUUGUGGAUUUUUUCUUUGGGCUUAUGGAGCUUCCACUCGGUGCCGUUAUUAGCCAUCUUGUUGAACGCGGGAUGGUCAAAUCUUGGCCCAUUUCCAAAGUCUACGAGGCUGUCCAAAACAUUGAUCCAAUCUACUUACAACCAAACCAAUCCAAAACCACAUUGCUCAACCCAAAAACUUCUCCUUUAAUCACAAAGCAGACUCCUAUGUUGCACCAAUUUGGGUGCAUUGUUCAACAGCAGGUUUAUUCACCAGGCUCUUAUCAGAGUUCUUCCAGCAGAAAGGAAUUGGUUGAUGGAUAUGUGAAAGGGAUGGUAGCAUAUAUGGUGAUGGAUGAUCUAACCAUUAAGCCCAUGUCCACCAUCUCCUGCAUCACUAUUCUCAACAAUUUUCAAGUCAAAGAUGUGGGUUGCCUUGAAGAGAAGUCUGUUGAAAUUGACAUGGAAACUGCUCUGAAGAUGAUCAAGGCUUGUUUUCAGUCAACAACAGUCCUCACAGAUGUAUUCCUCAAACCCGAAGAGAUUUCCAUCGUUAAGAUGAUUUGAUUUUCGAUCGGAGAUGAACAAAUUAUUAUUAUUAUUAUUAUUAUUAUUAUUAUUAGGCUCAAAUUCUCUUGUUAAAAAAGAACGCAUGAAUGAAAAAUUGAAACAAACCUAAUUGCUUGUUUCGAAACCAUUAUCUUGUUAAUUUAUUGCAUUAUUCCAAC